CCAAAGGAUCACAAUAUACUUAGAAAGAUUAUAUAUUGGCUUUGUUCUUCUUCUCUGAGCAAAUUUUAUUUUGAGAAUUGUGACUAAAAUAUGGCACCGAUCAAUGAUCAGGAACAGGGCGCUGGAUUUUUCACUUCGUUUGCUUCGACCCUUUCCAGUUUUGGCAACGCCAUGUCCAAAUCCGUUAAUGGCUUGCUAGGUUACCAAGGACUUGAAAUCAUAAAUCCUGAUGGAGGCACUGAGGACACUGAGGUUGAAGCUCAAAAAGGAAGAUGGAAGCCGGAGGAUCGGGACAGUUAUUGGAGAAUGAUGCAAAACUAUAUUGGCUCUGAUGUCACGUCAAUGGUGACACUUCCGGUUCUCAUCUUCGAGCCUAUGACAAUGCUUCAGAAAAUGGCAGAGUUGAUGGAAUACUCGUAUCUAUUGGACUUGGCUGAUGAAUGCGAGGAUCCACACAUGAGAUUAGUGUAUGCUGCCGCUUGGUUUGUGUCUUUAUAUUUUGCGCUCCAGAGAACAUGGAAGCCGUUUAAUCCAAUUCUUGGUGAGACAUAUGAGAUGGUCAACCAUGGUGGCAUUACAUUUAUUGCAGAGCAGGUUAGUCAUCAUCCUCCAAUGAGUGCAGCUCAUGCAGAAAACGAACAUUUUGUUUAUGAUAUUACUUCGAAGUUGAAAACCAAAUUUUUGGGGAACUCAAUUGAUAUAUACCCUGUUGGAAGGACAAGGCUGACUCUCAAAAGAGCUGGUGUGGUAUUAGAUUUGGUUCCUCCUCCCUCAAAAGCUAAUAACAUUAUAUUUGGACGAACUUGGGUUGAUUCACCCGGUGACAUGAUCUUGACAAACCUCACCACAGGAGACAAGGUUGUUCUGUAUUUCCAACCUUGUGGAUGGUUCGGUGCUGGUCGUUAUGAAGUGGAUGGAUACAUAUAUAAUGCUACGGAAGAACCUAAAUAUUUGAUGACUGGGAAGUGGAAUGAGUUUAUGAGUUACCAGCCUUGUGACGCUGAAGGAGAACCAGAGCCUGGCUCUGAACUUAAAGAGGUUUGGAGGGCUGCUGAUGCCCCCAAGAACGAUAAAUUUCAGUAUACGCAUUUUGCACACAAAAUAAACAGCUUCGACACUGCACCUAAGAAGCUACUGCCAUCAGAUUCUCGUUUGCGUCCAGACCGUUUGGCACUUGAGCAUGCGGACCUGUCCAAAGCUGGUCUGGAGAAAACCAGACUGGAGGAGAGGCAAAGGGCGGAGAAGAGAAUGAGGGAGGCCAAGGGUGAUGAGUUUAAGGCCAAGUGGUUUGACUUAACAAAUGAAAUUGCUUCAACACCUUGGGGGGAAUUGGAAGUUUAUCGAUACAAUGGCGAAUACGGGCACCACCGCGAAGCAGUUGAUAAUUCAGAUAGCAUUCGAGAAACAGAAACCAACUCCAUAGAGUUCAACCCCUGGAAGUAUCACAACCUGCCUAACGCUCAAACCUGAGAGGAUUAUCAUCCAAUUCCGAUAUAGCAUGUCUUUGCUGAUUCAAGAAUUAUGACUACUUAUGAAUAAUAUUCUAUUCUUGGUAGCUUCGAUAUUUUUAAUUCGUUUUCUAAACAUCAUCCACGGUGAUUAUUAAUUCCAGAUUAUGGGAUGUGAUGGUUUAAGGAUGGACGUGGUAUCAGAUUAUUUUUAGUGAGACUUGGAAUUUGGAGCACAUUUGUUGGAUACAUAAACACAAACAUUUACAAAUUGGAAGCAGAAUAUAUGGUGAUUGCAUUCAACAUAAGCAGUAAUUAAUACCCAAAAUGUAGAGUGUUGAGCACAUUUGAUUUGUUAGCAGGCACAUACACAAAUUAAAAGAAAACCAUGAAAGGGGAAAGGGAAGAGAAUCAGUUGCUUUUCUUGUCCUAAGCCACAUCUCUUUAUUAGUGUUUUGGAUUUGUAAGUUGAUAAAGUCAAUGGAGUAGUGGAUGGCAUGUGCUGUGCCCAUCAAGCUUUCUUAUCAAA